AUGUCCAUGACGACCGAAGACUGUACCAAGGUCCGGCCCGGCUUCCCGCGGCCGGUCCCCGAGACGUCUGAGAAAGUGUUUGAACAGUUUCAAAUGAGAGACAAGGUCGUCAUUGUUACUGGAGCAGCAGAUGGUAUUGGUCUUGCUGUGACUGAGGCUAUGGCAGAGGCGGGCGCAAACGUUGCUCUGUGGUAUAACUCGAACGAUGCGGCCGUGGAGAAAGCAAAGACCCUUGGCGAGACUUAUAAGAUCAAAGCUGCCGCAUACCAAGUCGACAUCUCUCAAGCCGAGCAGGUGAGCACAAACAUUGCUAAAGUAGUCGAAGACUUUGGCAAGAUCGACGUCUUCGUUGCAAACGCGGGUAUGGCAAUCUCGCGGCCCAUUCUAGAGCAGACUCUAGACGAGUACCGCAAACAGAUGUCUGUAAAUGUGGACGGCGUAGUCUUCUGCUCCAAGUACGCCGGCGAGGUCUUCAAGAGCCAGGGCUUCGGCAACUUCAUCAUCACAUCCAGCAUGAGCGGCCACAUUGUCAACGUGCCCGUAGAUCAACCAGUGUACAACGCCACCAAGGCCUUUGUCACGCACUUCGGAAAGUCUCUCGCCCGUGAAUGGCGAGAAUUUGCCAGAGUCAACAUCGUGUCGCCCGGGUUCUUCGACACCAAGAUGGGCGCUAACCCUUUGGCCAUCAACGAGGCGUAUCGGAUGGCCGCGCUGGGCAGACAGGGCCAUGUCAAGGAAAUCAAGGCCUUGUACUUGUAUCUUGCUAGUGAUGCAUCGACGUACAUGACGGGCAGUGAUGUUCUCAUCGACGGCGGCUACGUUCUUCCAUGA